AGGCCAUAGCAAUUGGCCACUACAUACAGCUGCUCCUAACUGCAUCACCUCACAUACCUUCCCCUUCCUCUCUUCUCCCAUCACCUCUCUCUCUCUUUAAUACCCCAUCCCUCUUCUUCCUCUCCCCCUGCUCCUCCUCUCACAUCCUCUUGUUUCCCUCUCUGGAUCUCUUCCUCCAGAGAGAGCCCAAAGAGGCACUGCCACACCAUCCAUGCUCAACAUGAUGACUGAUCUGAGCUGCGGGCCGUCCACGGUGACUGAGCAGCCGCCGGCGCCGACCGGCUCCGGCGACAAGCCGGGGAGGGGCAAGAUCGAGAUCAAGCGCAUCGAGAACACGACCAACCGGCAGGUCACCUUCUGCAAGCGCCGCAACGGCCUCCUCAAGAAGGCGUACGAGCUCUCCGUGCUCUGCGACGCCGAGGUCGCGCUCAUCGUCUUCUCCAGCCGCGGCCGCCUCUACGAGUACGCCAACAACAGUGUGAAGGCCACCAUUGAGAGGUACAAGAAGGCUAACAGCGACACCUCCAACUCUGGCACGGUUGCAGAAGUCAAUGCCCAGCAUUACCAGCAGGAGUCCGCCAAGCUGCGCGGGACUAUCAGUAGCUUGCAAAACUCAAACAGUAGGACCAUAAUGGGUGAUGCAAUUCACACCAUGAGCCUCAGGGAUCUUAAGCAGCUGGAGGGCAGGCUGGAGAAAGGAAUAUGCAAGAUUAGAGCUAGAAAGAAUGAGCUGUUAUACGCUGAAGUUGAGUACAUGCAGAAAAGGGAGAUGGAUCUACAGAGUGACAACAUGUACUUGAGGAGCAAGGUCGCUGAGAACAACGAAAGGGGACAGCCGCCCAUGAACAUGAUGGGAGCGCCAUCAACAAGCGAAUAUGAUCACAUGGCCCCGUACGACUCGAGAAACUUUCAUCAAGUGAACAUUAUGCAGCAGCCUCAGCAUUACUCCCAUCAGCUGCAACCAACAACCCUUCAGCUCGGAUGAAAUUAACUACCCGAAGGCGCCGGUGUCGACGCACGCGCGCUGCUGUUAUCAUGUGUCCAACCGAGAUCAAAGUAAACUUUAUUUACGUUUGUGGAACUAAUAAUCGUGACUCGUCGAUGGAACGCAUGCAGGAGACCUGCUGCCAGCAGUAUGCAUAUGUUCGUGUCAAUUAAUCGAACUGCUGUGUAUCUAUAUAGUACAUGUGGCGUAUCAAACGCUUUAAUAUACUCUGUAUGUGUUGUAUAACAUAAUAAGUUGUGUCCACUUAAUGUGCUUCUUUUAAUU